AUGGCCCAAGCUCACUCGACACAGCCUCAGGGGAUCCCGCGCAAGGCGUCGGAGGCCACCUCUGGCGCCACGCUCGGCCAAACACUGCACCUUGCACUUUCGAGCCCGGUUCGGGGCGCACCGCCCACGGCCCCUGCGACUGGCUGCCGGCCCUGCCCGUCUUCGGCUUCUCAGCCAAUCAUUGUCGUCCUCCAGGUUACGCCCUCCGUUCCUCUCGCGCCUGUCGCCCCAGCCACCUCGGAGCCCCGCUCUUGUUCCCAGCAAUUGGUCGUUAGGUUGCCUGUCUUCUUCCAGUGCUCUAAUCAUCGCCUGCCUCCAGGGCCGCACCUCCCAGCACCUCGCACCCGGCGGGACCACCCCAGGGACCCAGAGCCUCUGCCAACAGCCCUGCUCUACCCCUUAGCGAUUGGCUUCAGGUGCUGCCUGUCUGCUUUAUGCUCACCAAUCCUUGCCGUCUCCAGCGCUGAUUGGCCAUCGCGCAACCAAUCGGAGCGCAUCAUGGACCCCUCCCGCUGCUCACUCUGGAAGUGCGCGAGGCGGGGCCGCGGCGGCUAGAGGCGGUGGCGGCGGCGGCGGCGGCGGCGGCGGUGACGGAGACGCGUCCCAGCGGGACCAAAUCUGCACCGUCCCCCGCAGCCUGGAAUGGGUAAUGGUGUGAAGGAAGGUGCAGUGCGAUUGCAUGAGGAUGCCGAGGCCGUCCUGCCCUCAGCCGUCUCUUCAAAGAGCGAUCACAGGCAAGUUCUCAACUCCCUCCUGUCCGGGGCUGUGGCCGGCGCUCUUGCCAAAACAGCAGUAGCUCCCCUGGACCGAACCAAAAUUAUCUUCCAAGUGUCUUCAAAAAGAUUUUCCGCCAAGGAGGCCUUCCGGCUGCUCUACUUCACCUACCUCCACGAGGGCUUCCUCAGCCUGUGGCGUGGGAACUCGGCCACCAUGGUGCGUGUGGUGCCCUACGCCGCCAUCCAGUUCAGCGCUCACGAGGAGUACAAGCGCGUCCUGGGCCGCUACUAUGGCUUCCGUGGAGAAGCCCUGCCCCCUUGGCCCCGCCUCCUCGCAGGGGCACUCGCUGGAACCACAGCUGCGUCGCUUACCUACCCCCUGGACCUGGUCCGAGCGCGCAUGGCCGUGACCCCAAAGGAAAUGUACAGCAACAUUUUUCACGUUUUCAUCCGCAUCUCCCGGGAGGAGGGGCUGAAGACCCUCUACCACGGCUUCACGCCCACCGUGCUGGGGGUCAUCCCCUAUGCCGGGCUGAGCUUCUUCACCUACGAGACACUCAAGAGCCUGCAUAGAGAGUACAGUGGCCACCGGCAGCCCUACCCCUUUGAGCGAAUGAUUUUCGGGGCCUGCGCCGGCCUCAUCGGGCAAUCUGCCUCGUACCCGCUGGACGUGGUGCGGCGGCGCAUGCAGACGGCCGGCGUCACAGGCCACCCGCGCGCCUCCAUCGCCUGUACGCUGCGCACCAUCGUGCGGGAAGAGGGCGCGGUGCGCGGCCUCUACAAGGGCCUGAGCAUGAACUGGCUCAAGGGCCCCAUCGCCGUGGGCAUCAGCUUCACCACCUUCGACCUCAUGCAGAUUCUGCUGCGGCGCCUGCAGAGCUAGGGCCCCCGGGCUCGCUCCUGUCAGGACUGGGAGCCGAGCCUGAGCACGCAGAGGACCCCCAACCCCUAAAGUUUUGGAGCUCCAGGAUCGAAGUGGCCUGGUUCUGUCCCGGAGCCACGUGGGAGAGCCUUGUGGAACAAGCAGGCGGGCCGGGGAUCUGCGUCUGAGAGGAAGGCCAAUGUUGGGACCGGUUGGCCAGCCUCCUCUCUUCCCUCCUCCCUGGGGUUGGCGCUGCCUCCCGGAGGUACCCCGCCUCCAACCGCCCUGACGCUGGAGUAACCAGCACCGCCUCCUGGCGCUCUGUGCCCUUGGACAAGCUCCUGGCUCAGUGACCCUGUCCCUACUGGGCUCAGAGCCAGACUCCACCUGCCCCUGUCCUGGGUCUAUGCUGUGCGCGGGGAAGCCAGAGAGUGCGGGAGAGGCCUGGCCUCCCCGUCCACGUUGGGACCAGUCUCCUGUUCAGCUGUGGCUACAAAUACAGCCUCUCACCAGCGCCACCCCUGCCCUGCCUUUACUUCCCAGGUGACACAACUCCUCCGUCCCCAGAGCCUUCUGCUGGGGAACAGCCCUCUCUGAGAUUGUUACCCAAUCCUGACUCCAUGUCAGCGUGGGGCCCCAGAGCCAGUCUUCCCCCAGCAGCAAACAGCCAUGGAGGCUGGGCCUCAGACCCUGACCUCUGCCCACAGGCACAGAGGCUCUUGAGGGCACCAGUAGCAUCUGGCACGUCCUUGACUUCCCACCUGAGUGGGCAUUUGACCAGGACAUGGCGCAAUUUAAGGCCCAUGGGGUUGUCUGACUUCCAUGAAUAGAGUGCAUAGAGAUGGUUGGCAGCCCUGACCCUCCCCGCAUGGGAGCUCCCGAGACAGUGUAUGGCCUGGGAUGGGAAGCUCAGAAGAAUCUGGGUACCCCAGGACUCCCCCAGAGAGUUGGGCUCCUGGAGAAGUUCCCAGGUCCCUCUGGUGUCACAGGGACUCAGAAACACCCGUUUCCUAAUGAUGUUUGGAGUUUCUUGACUUUUUGUUUUUUUCAAUUUGUCCAACCUUGCAUCUAGUCACCGUAAACCCUGACUGGCCCAAUCUGGUUCCAGGACGAGGUGGACUCAGCCCCACCAUGUGUGAAAUGAUUUGUGUGCUUAUCCCACACGCAUUUCCGGUUGUGGCUUUGAUUUCUUCCCUUUGUUCUUCUCUGCGUCUGUUCUUGCCCGGGACCUGUGGGUGUCCUUCCUUGCAUGUGUCAACCCGCCAGUCCCAACCUCAUCCCCAUGCUCUUGUCCCCAGGGGCCCAAGCAGCCUGUGAUGGCUGUCCUUUGGGUAAGUGUCUCACCUCCUCUCCCAGCCUUGCCCAGUGCUCAGGAGAGGCAGGGGCGCCCCCAACAGGGAGACGGGGAUGAGGACCCAAAGGCCCCAGGGGGGAGAGAGCAGCUGGGCAGGUGAAACUGGUGGCUGGUUGGGUAGCACCCCCUCUGAGCUGCAGGCUGGGCAGGAGGGGGAGGGUACCCCAGGUCCUGCUGGCCCUAGUGUGCCUCCCCAAGGUGGCUCCCAGCCCAGGGGGCCUCAGCAGCUCCACCCCACUCCCCAGCCCCACACACAGUGGGGCCGGCACCCUCCGCGGUCACUCCCCACCGGCUGCCUGUCCUGGUCUGGGGUUAUUUUGAUGCCAUGAAGACACUUUGUUUAUAUAUAAUGUUUAUAUAUUUUAAAGAUUUGUGCCAAGAGAGUAUAUUUAAUAAAAAUUAAAAUGACUUUU